UCUCCUUCAGCUCAAGCGUCUUAACUCACCGCCAAACGCCGCCCAAUUCCCCAGCUAUAAGAGCACACCUCCAUUUCCAUCUCAAACCAGCUUCAAUAUCAUCAAACCCAGAUUCUUAAUUUCGUUCCCAACCUCUUCUCAGCAAUGGCUGCUCUUAACCCUAAGCCAGUCCUCGCUCUCCUCCUGCUCUUCAACCUCUUGCUCGCCCUAUCCGGGUUGGCAUUUGCCGGCCGCAUCACGCCGGCCACCGCCACGAACACAGACGUAAAGCAGCCGGAAUCCUUCAUUGGUAAAGACGGCAGCUUUCUUGUUCCGGGCAUCGGCCGCUUCAUCCUCCCGGGUCAUGGUUUCAACCCUUUCACGUACAAUCCUGUCACCGGCACCAACGGAGGGCAGCCAAGCGUUGGCGGAUCCAUCGGGUCCGGUGGUGGCACCGGCCACAGCUACGUUCCCGGAGGCGACGAUACCUUCGUCCCCAACCCCGGCGUCGAGGUGCCGAACCCUGGAACUGGGGGCAGCACUCCUGGAAGAGCACGUCCUUAAAUUUGCAUGGAUGCAGGAUGCAUGGACGGCUCUGGGUUUUCCUAGGGUGGUUUCUUUCGUUCUCCGGCAAGAAUAAAGGUUUAGUGUAACGCUGCAGUAUUGGAUUAGUGUCUCUGGGUUUUCUCCAUGUAUGGAUGUCGUUGUAGAAUGUCUCAUUUGUUUCUGAAUAAAAUUUCAGUUGUUCUUGUUCA